ACCUCUCUACCUUUUAUGCAAUUCUUCUACUUUACAUGAUCUGCCUCCUUUCUUGUUAAGCUAUUUUACAUCUAGUAAACCUCUCUUUGAAUCCAAGUUUCAUCCGCAUUUUUUCUUUGGGUUCUUUCAUUUUCCAUUUUCGUACAUUUCUCUCUCACUCGUCCACUACUUUGCUUUCACUGUUAGUUGUCAAAUCUUUCAGUUCCUUUUUGUUUUCUGCUGCGUCUACCUAAACCUACAUAUUCCAUUACUAAAUUACAGUAUUAAAGUCUUGAACUUUCGGGUAGUGUCUUUCAUAAAACCCCCACAUCUCUAUGGCUUCUUGUCCCUUCUCGUUUCUUGUUUUGGUGUCCGGUUAAUGAGUUCUUCUGGGCUCUUUUUUCUCGAAGAUACUAGAAAGAAAUGUCGUCGUAUACUUCACUUCUGCUUCUCUGCCUGAUAUCUGGAAUUCUUUUUGCGGAAUAUGGUUCCUCUACAUCAUAUGAAGUUGCGGUCCUUACAACCUUCAAGGAAGCUAUAUUUGAAGACCCACUUCUGGUUUUGUCCAACUGGAAUGCCCUCGAUCCAGAUCCUUGUGACUGGUAUGGCAUUUCGUGUACCAAGGCCCGAGAACACGUUAUAGAGCUAAACAUUUCUGGGUCAUCCUUAAGAGGAUUUCUUGCACCCGAACUGGGGCAACUCAACUUCUUGCGAGAAUUGAUACUGCAUGGGAACAAUCUGAUUGGCAUAAUACCAAAAGAACUUGGCAUGUUGAAAUUUCUCCAGGUUUUGGAUUUGGGGAUGAAUCAAUUGUCGGGUCAUAUUCCUCCAGAGAUUGGAAGAUCGACUAGUCUUGUGAAAAUAAACCUUCAGUCGAAUGAGUUGACUGGUGGCAUACGUCCUGAGCUUGGAAAUUUGAGAUAUCUCCAGGAGCUUUGGCUGGAUAGGAAUAAACUUCAAGGAAAUAUUCCUGCCGCUGGCAGUCCAGAUUUUUCAUCCGAAGCAUACAGAAAGUAUGGCGCAAUUACAAACUUCACCAGCUUCUGUCACUUAAAAGUUGCAAAUUUCUCACACAACCUCUUUGUUGGGAGCAUACCUAAGUGCUUGGAGUACCUUCCAAGCACAAGCUUUCAAGGGAACUGCCUCCAAAACAAAGAUUCCAAGCAGCGUCCAGCCACACAGUGCAGUGGUCCUUCACCUGCCAAAAGCCAUACUAGAGCCAAUACAACGCGCCUACCAGUGGGAGAUGUAUCUAAGCAUCAGGGGCCAUCAAAACCUGCCUGGCUUUUAGCUCUUGAAGUAGCAACAGCAACCAUGGUGGGUUUUAUCUUGCUGGUUGCGAUUCUUACUGCACUUCAGAAGUGCAAUAGCAAAUCUUCUAUUAUAAUCCCCUGGAGGAAAUCAACAAGUGGAAAGGACCAUAUGACUGUAUGCAUAGAAUCAGAAUUGUUGAAAGACGUAGUACAAUACAGCAGACAGGACCUUGAAAUAGCCUGCGAAGACUUCAGCAACAUUAUUGGCUCCUCACCAGACAGUGUUGUCUACAAAGGUACGAUGAAAGGUGGACCUGAGAUUGCAGUGAUAUCCCUCUGCAUCAAAGAAGAGCAUUGGACAGGCUAUCUUGAGCUCUACUUCCAGAGAGAGGUGGCCGAUUUGGCAAGAUUAAACCACGAGAACACAGGAAAACUCCUUGGUUAUUGUAGAGAGAGCACUCCAUUUACAAGGAUGCUGGUUUUCGAGUAUGCAUCAAAUGGAACACUGUAUGAACACCUGCAUCAUGGAGAAGGAUGCCACUUUUCUUGGAGUAGGCGUAUGAAAAUUGCUAUUGGCAUUGCACGCGGACUAGAGUAUCUUCAUACAGCACUUGAGCCACCAUUUACCAUAUCAGAGUUGAAUUCUAGUGCCAUAUAUCUUACAGAAGAUUUUUCCCCCAAGCUAGUUGAUUUUGAAUGUUGGAAAACAAUUCUUUCAAGGUCAGAAAGGAAUUCGGGUGCUAUUGGAAGCCAAGGUGCUAUCUGCAUCCUUCCAAAUUCUCUAGAGGCACGGCAUCUCGACAUCCAAGGCAAUGUGUAUGCUUUUGGUGUACUUCUGCUGGAAAUCAUAAGUGGGAGACCUCCGUAUUGCAAGGAGAAAGGGUGCUUAGUAGAAUGGGCUAAGGACUAUCUAGAACUACCAGAAGUUAUGUCUUAUGUGGUGGAUCCAGAGUUGAAACAUUUCAGAUAUGAUGAGCUCAAAGUUAUAUGUGAGGUAGUAAAUCUCUGCAUCCAUCCAGACUCCAGCAAGCGGCUGUCCAUGAAGGAAGUGUGUAACAUGUUAGAGAGCAAAAUUGACUUAUCAAUAUCCGUUGAUUUUAAGACGUCUUCUCUGGCCUGGGCCGAGCUUGCACUUUCAUCGUGAACGAGUGGAAGCAAACACACUGUAAAUCAGUAGAAUACAAUUGUAAUACGCUCUUUCUUCCUUUUUACCCCACCUUUGGAUUUUCGUGUUCCAUGUAAAUGCUUGCAUGCAUGCAAGAGGAAAAGUAGAGCUUCAUAACUGACGAAGUCUUAUUGUAUACGAUUGGAUGACUAGUAAUGUCCUGAGAUCAACUGAAUAUCAAUAUUGUUAA